ACCCAGGAUGUCUACCUCCUGCUUCCUCUUAGCAACCGAGUGGCGGCGCUUGUUUCCCCAGCAACCGAGAGACGCCUCUGCUGCAGGGAACUAGCCCGAUAGCUGGUGCUUGAGAAGGAAAAUCCGGAUCCAUUUCUGUGUGAGGAGAUCACUUCAUUGACAGGUUUGUAAAAACUGCUGCGUCCCCACCUGCUACCUGUGUUGGUCACCAACAACACUGUCAUUAGGAAAGAUGAACCGGAUGUACGACUCGAUGGAGCCGAGAGUGAUAGACGACGACAUGCUCAAGGUGGCUGUGGGGGAGCAGGGUCCACGGGAGGAAGCUGGGCAGCUGGCCAAGCAGGAGGGCAUCCUCUUCAAAGAUGUUAUGUCCCUGCAGCUGGACUUUCAAAACAUCCUCCGCAUCGACAAUCUCUGGCAGUUUGAAAACUUGAGAAAGCUGCAACUGGACAACAACAUCAUCGAGAGGAUCGAGGGCCUGGAGAACCUCGUACACCUUGUCUGGCUGGAUCUGUCCUUCAACAACAUCGAGGCCAUUGAGGGGCUGGACACACUGGUGAAUCUGGAGGACCUAAGCUUGUUCAACAACCGGAUCUCCAAGAUUGACUCCCUGGAUGCUCUGGUCAAGCUGCAGGUGCUGUCUCUUGGCAACAACCAGAUUGGCAACAUGAUGAACCUCAUUUACCUGCGGAAGUUCAAGUGCCUGCGGACACUCAACCUGUCUGGGAACCCUAUUGCCGAGGCAGAGGAUUACAAAAUGUUCAUCUAUGCCUACCUUCCUGAUCUUGUGUACCUGGACUUCCGGCGCAUUGAUGACCAUGCGAAAAAGAUGGCGGAGAUGAAGCACCAGUACAGCAUUGAUGAGAUGACACACCAGGAAAACCAGAUGCAGAUCAAGCAGGAGGAAGAGCAAGCCCGGCGGAUGAAGCUGGAGGAACACAAGAUGGCAUUCAUUGAGCGCCUGGAUGACUCCUACCUUUUCGACAGCAUGUAUGCAGAGGAUGUGGAGGGCAACAAGCUGUCCUACCUGCCUGGUGUGGGAGAUCUCCUAGUGGCAUAUAAAGACAAAUUUGUCAUCAUCUGCGUGAACAUUUUUGAGUAUGGUCUGAAACAGCAGGAGAAGCGGAAAAUAGAGCUGGACACCUUCAAUGAGUGCAUCCAGGAGGCCAUCCAAGAAAACCAGGAGGAGGGCAGACUCAAGAUUGCCAAGUUCGAGGAGAAGCACUUCAUGAAUUUAAAUAGCAUCCGAGAAGAAUCUGAUCUGCUCAACAUUGAGAAGAAGAUAAUGGAGUGCAGUGAGGAUAUCACUGAGCUAUUCAACGUGCUCAUGACACUGGAGAUGCAGCUGGUAGAGCAGCUGGAGGAGACCAUAAACAUGUUUGAAAGGAACAUCAUUGACUUGGUGGGACUCUUUAUCGAAAAUGUCCAAGGCUUAUAUCCUUUUUGUGAUGACACCUCCACAGGAAGAUACUACAUAGUUCCUAGGGAUGUCCUGGCUUCUUGGGGAGAUAGGGAAAAGGUGUCUGCAGUUCUAACAAAAGAAGUUCAGCCACAGGUCAGGAAAGUGCCCGUCCUGCCCCAAACCUGGCUUUGCUUAACUCACGGUUGCACUAUGGCUCAGUGCCGGGACCUUGAAAAUCACCACCAUGAGAAACUCCUGGAAAUCGCCAUCAACACCCUAGAGAAGACUGCUAAGGGUGAGAUAGGCAACGACCUCCCUGAGGAUGUGCGCGCGCUUUUUAUCGACAAAGACACGGUUGUUAAUGCUGUUGGGGCAUCGCAUGACAUCCACCUCCUGAAGAUUGACAAUCGAGAAGAUGAGCUGGUGACCAGGGUCAACUCUUGGUGUACACACUUAGUAGACAAAAUUCACAAGGAUGAGAUCAUGAGGAACCGCAAGCGAGUGAAAGAAAUCAAUCAAUACAUUGACCACAUGCAGAACGAGCUGGACAACCUGGAAUGUGUCGAUAUCGUAGAUUAGAUGCCAGGGGUCCUCUUCAAAAUACGCGACAGCCCUACCUGAGGAGCGGGCUCAAUUUACCAACCGUCUGGGGAGAGUUACUGGGAAUUCCUAACCCAAGUCUCCUCUUGACAUUACUCCUUCCCCACCCGUGGAAAAAGUUCCGAAUACAGAGAAAAAUAAAGGAUUUAUGUCA